AUAUUUGGGCCUUGAAUUCAGAACUUGUGAAAACCAAUACUAGAUGCUGACUCCUAUACAAUUAAUAUAUAUAUAUAUAUACAUAUAUAUAUAUGGCCUUGGAGUUUUGAAAUGGUUGUAAGUGGUGUGGGUGCUCACAAGGAAAUUUGGUAGUGGAAAUUAAGGGCCCACUCAGUACUAAACCAAAGUAAGGCGUUGAAAGAAAAUAUGCACAACUGGAUUUAUUAUUUUUUGUGUGUGUGAAGGGAUGAUGUAAUCAUUAAGUAGGAAAUAGCAAGGGGAUGAGAGCAGCCAAGCUGGGCCUGCCACUGCAAAUACCCUGGUCAAAUUGCGUGAUGGCAAUCUUAUUCCACUUUUCUAGUGCCAAAUGAGCAGUAGAAGGCACUGGCAAGCCAGACCACCCACUACAUGGUACCAAUGGUGUCAACGAUAGGGAGGGGAGAGUGGAUAGAAAAGCCCCCGUAGGUGCAGAAGUAGAAUGCGCCCUAGGGGUACUCGGAGGAACCCCUGCGUCCCCGCGGAGGGGAGUGUGUAAAGGGCCUUCGAGUUCGGAGGUAGGGGGCUCCUGCACUAGGUGUCUUUAACAUGAACUGGUGGGUCCCGAGGAUACGGAAUGCCGGCUAGGUGUGCCUGGCCACGGAAAACCGAAAACUUGUAGAAGCUUCCGGUGGGGGCCUAUGGUGAACCGGAAGUGUAUUUCCCCCAUAGUCAAGAUGUCCGUUUGCCCGGCCUCUUCCGCAUGGGGCCUCGCUGUCGUCAGACGGCGUCCCCCGGGCGCGUCCAAAGAGGGAGGCGCUCCUAAGUUGAAGAGCAAGCAGGAUGCUAAGCCGGCUGCAGGAACUCCGCAAGGAAGAGGAGACGCUGCUGCGAGUGAAGGCGGCGCUGCACGACCAGCUCAAUCGAUUAAAGGUUGAAGAGCUGGCCCUUCAGUCAAUUAUUAGCUCCAGAGAAGGGGAAAGAAUGACCCAUCUUUCACCUCCAACUAAGGAACCAGAAAAUAUUUUGGUGCAGGUAGACAAUGAAACUUCCAUCAAUCAAACUGAAUUACAGCUAAGCACAAGAAAUCAUGCUCAAGAAGAGGAGGAAGAAGAAGAAGAAGAAGAAGAAUCUGAUUCCUAAAGGAGAAAGGAGAAAAUCAGGAUUAGUUAUUUAUCUAAGUUAAUUUUAAGAUUCAGGGAUUUUCCUUCAGUAUCUACUACCACAGGGUAGGAAAUUCAAGGAUCUAUAUUUUACCAUUUGGAAAAAAGGUCAAGUUCAUAUUAAGUUAGUCAAUUCAGAUACAUAUACACACUAGAGAUAAAACUUCAUGUGAUAUGGAAGUAUUUGUGUAUUUGUAAUCAAAAAAGAUUAAAUGUAAGCCAGCCUUUCACAUUUUUCUUACUAUGCCUUUAAAAGGGAGUUUAACAGUAUGCCUUUAUUUGUCAAUAUGUAUAUAUAUUAAACUCCCUUAUGCAUAGAGCAAGACCAAGUUCUAGAUUCUAUAAUCUGAUAGGUAAAAAGGUAAAGAGGUAUAAUGGGAUUCAGUUACUAAUAGAAAGAGCAUAAACUGUUUAAAUGCUAUCUGAGUAACAUAGCACGUUAUGUGCAUGUAGUUUUGAACAUCUUAAUCUGAGCUACUACAUUGUGGUUAAAUGCAGAUAAAAAAUGCUGUCAAUGGGAUAUCAAAGGAGAAAGCCAAACCAUGUUCUUGUAGAAUACAUAUUAGAAUAAAAAAUCUGAAUCGUUUUAAAAAUAAUUUUUGUAUUUAAGGAAAUGUGCCAUAUUUUUCAAAAAAUGUCUUAUAAUGUCUUAUACUUAUUGAAUGAACUUGUUUUUACAAUUUAAAAAAAAGGCUAAAGAAAUAGAACAUUGAAAAUUUCUCA